AUAACUGAUUUGAAAAAGAAGCAAGAUAAUCAGUUGCAGUUGCUAAAACAAAAACAGCGCAGUGACGAGGCUGCGAGACGUUUGCAUGACGAAAUCCAUCGAAUCAAACAACAAAAGGUGCAAUUGCAACAAAAAAUUAAGCAGGAAUCUGAGCAGUUCCGGUUGUGGAAGGCUGCUCGUGAGAAAGAACUGUUGCAGUUACGGAAAGAAGGACGAAGAAAUGAAUACGAAAUGCACAAAUUGCGGGCACUGCAUCAGCAUCAAAAAAUGGUUCUUCAAAGGAAGACGGAGGAAGCUGCAAUUGCUACACGGCGCCUGAAGGAGGUUUUGGAGUCUCGCAAGUUGUCUGGACGGGAGGCAGGUUCGUGGCAAGACUGUUGUUUUCUGUUACUCUAA